AUUACACCUACUCCUUCACCCUCUUCUUCCCCUAUUCCGGGACCUUCAAACGUCCCCCUUUCUAUUUUUUCCCCUAUUCCGGGACCUUCAAACGUGGCCAGAGCCGAUCCACCUGGCAUUUUUGUUGCAAUCCCAUUUAUUCUCCCUCAUAGCCAGUGGCCCGAACCAAUGGAUCUUAAUCCUCCUGGUAUAUACGUGGCCAUUGAUUAUGAAUCAACGCAAAAUGACAUAAUAAAGGUAGAGGAGUUUUGUGAAUAUUAUGAAGAAGAAUUUGAACAUCCUUGGUUUAGGGAGGGAAUUUUCGCAACUGAAUGGGCUAAAGAGCAGGUUUUUGAAAAAGGAACUGAUGUCGUUAUCAACUGCUCAGGAUUAGGAGCAAAAGAACUUGUUGAGGAAGAUGAUAAAAAAACAAACUCUUUCCUAUUGGAGGACAAGUGGUUAUCACUAAAAUGUACUUGGACAAGCCAAUUGGAUUUAAGUUCAAAAGAAAUGAAGGACAAAAAACUUAUUUCAUCACUCGCGUUAAAGAUGAAAAUGAAGAAAAAUACGAAGUUUUCUUUGGAUGAAAGAAACAGUCAAACUGAACCCGAUCCUCAAGUAACUCAAGAGAUUAUUAAAGGAUGUAAAGAAGUGAGGCCUGCUUUAUUUACGAAAGAAUUGGAAAUCGUGGCAAAAAAAUGCGGACUUAGACCCUAUAAAGAAGGUGGAAUUAGGAUAGAGUUAAAACCUUUUGGCGAUAAAGGUUGGAUUUGCCACAAUUAUGGUUAUAGUAAACAAG